AUAGAACUUGCGGCAAACAGGAUCGAUACUACUGAUAAAAUCAACAUUUAUAUAAUUACAUUGCCAUAGCUACCGUCCGUACAAACACUUUAGACGAUGUACAUCACAGUUACAUGAAUACCGCAGUACGUCAGCCGACAUUCGAAAUCAAGAUGAAUAUAAGAAGUUCACGCGUUUAUUCCGCUCCUGUACCAAAAAUGCCCCCUGGUCUGGUGGAGCUAAUGGAAGGACUUGCGAGAGAUGUCCUUAAAAAUAAUCCAACUGAAGUUUAUGAGUUUUGUGCUGAACACAUGCAGAAGUUACUACAAAUUAGAGACGGUCCAACAACCAAAAAUACCCUAACGCUAAAACAAAAAAUAGCAAAAGCAACUACAAAGAUAAGGGAUAGAGCAGCUCAGCGGCGUGACGAGUUUGAUAAAAAAAAUCAGUUGAUACAACGUGUCCAAAGUGACCAAAAUUACAAUGACGAAAUAAUGAAGAAAUAUGAUAACGAAGCAGAGCAAUACAUUCAUGAAAAUGUCGUGAAAAUUUCACAAAACCAUCUCACAGGCAACAUCGAACACGAACUUAUUGCUGGAGCUAUACAAGUUGCUAAUACAAAAAAUAUUACACCAUCCGAUACAAAACCAGAAGAUGAUAUUGACCUAAGAAAUGAAUCACAUAAAGUUAAUUUAUUUACUUCCGAGCAUGACAACAUAACCAAAAUAGAAGAAGAAUCUUCAGAAUUCAAACUAAAUGAAAUCACUGAUGAUAAACGUGUCGAAAUUAAUGACGAACUGAUAUUAUCCAAAGAGGAUCAAAAUGAACAAAAUGUGUUAAAAGAAAAUAUAAACUUUAAAGAGGAACAAACAGAUUCAAAUGCGUCUAAUCCAAAAAUUAUCGAAGACAGUGAUAUUACAAUUGUAGACGAAAACAAUGACAAAAAAAAUCAUAUCAAUAUUUUGAAAGAUAACACCCAAUCCACUGAUUGUGAAGAGACAACUAAUGCAAUUAAUGGAGUAGACAACUCCAGUGCAGCAAUUGAAAUAGACGAACACAAAGAUAUAAAUGGUUAUGAUUAUAAUAUCACUAACAAUCCGAACAAUAUUAAAAACUAUCAUAAAGAGGAAGAAAACAAUUACCAGGUAGAUACCAUUGUAGAUACCAUUGAAGAAACGACACAAGACGACCAAACAUCUUCAAUUGACAACAACGUUACUAGUAGUGAUAUAAAUGUAAAGGAAAAAAAUGACAAACAAAAAAGUGAUGAAAUUACAGAAUCGGUAAAUAAUACAGAUGUUAAAACUUUCGAUGAACCUGCUGAAAACGAACUAAAAAACAAAUAUGGUGAAUCGUAUGGCCAUGUUAAUAAUAACUCAAUGGAUUUAGAAACAGCUGCAAUAACCAUACAGAAAGUAUUUAGAUCCUUUCUUUUCAGAAACAAAACUUCUAGUAUUGACGAUUCUACUAAUAUUUAUAUGAAUUUGCUGAUUGAAGAUAAAGAAAAAAAGGAUGAUGAAGCUAUGUCUAUUAACAAUAUAAAAGAUCGAAGGUGCUUAGGGAUAAGCAGAAUGGAUACCGUACUACAAACAGUAAAUGAGGAAAAAUCCUUAUCAUUAUCUACUGAUGAUUCUUCUACUCUAUCAAGUGCUGCUACCAUAAUACAAGCCCAUGUUAUGAUAAAAGUGAAAGGCGAAAACAAUUAAAAAGAGAAGAUGCUAUUCAAUCAAUUUCUCCUCCCAGUAAUAAUAGUGGAAAAUUAAGUGAGGACGUUGAUUCGGUAAAAGAAGUAUUAAUAAAUAGUGAUAAUGAUUUAAAAUGUGAACCUACAACUGCUUAUGACGUUAAUCCUUUG